AUGGCAGAGAGUAUUUUCUUGUUAGUGCAUCACCGGGGAAAAAUAGAUGAAAACACAAGUGAGGGUGUAACUUUUUCUAGCAAAAAGCAGAUAGGAGUGUUUAUUACUCCGUCGACGACGUUGAUGGAUCUGCAUAGUAGUAUAUUAGAGAAGGCUGGAAAUUGUGGCAAGAAGCGCGUGAAGCAAUUAUUUUUUCGUAUUCCGAUAUCGUUGAAGCCAGGUUAUGUUAAGUUUGGGAAGUACGCGAUGUUGGGUGAUGACGACAUGCGAGUUAUAUUUCAUAGUCAAUCAAAAUUUCCCGACUUAGGCGCGCUGGAGUUGUUUGUCAGAAUGGUUGACGUGGAGGGCAGUAGCGGGGGGACUGCUCCGAAUCUGCCCACUGGCAUCAUAGAAGGAACUUCCACCGCCGUUCCAACAAGGCAACCGGCGACUCCACUUGUUUUGUCCCCAUCUUUUGCUGCUGAUUUGCCUGUCUCGGGUGAUGACUUGGGUGAUGGGCGUAGCUUCGGCCAGCUUGCAGCUGCGAUGGGAGCUGAUCCUGUAGUGGACGGUGCACCCGCAUUCAUGGAGGUAAGAGAGAGAGAUCCGUUUGUGGAGGCUAUAGGUGAUGAUGGGUCAGAUUCGGAGCCACCAAUUAUUGGUGACGAGAGCGACGUUGACGAUGACACCGCAGUUGCCGUGGGAGCUCAAACCCAUGGUAGCAGUGGAACGCAGCAGUACCCUCGACACUUUACUACAUUGAACCUUGAAGCAAUGAACCCGGCCGCAAACUUAGAUCAGCAUCACCCGGUGAUUCACGGAGAAAGGCCUAGCGUGAUUGGCACGGACGAGUUUGAGGUUGGGCAAAGGUUUGAAACAAAAGAGGAAGCUGUACUGACAAUAAAGAGUUAUAAUAUUCGGCGGGGAGUCGAGUAUAAAGUGUUUGAGUCCGACCAGUUGAAGUAUCAUGGGAAGUGUGUCCAGUUCGGGAAUGGUUGUAAUUGGCUGAUCCGUGUCACUAUGAGACAGAGAAAAGGCUACUGGGAAGUUAGAAAGUACAAUGGACCACACACGUGUCUAGCAACGGAGAUAUCAAUGGAUCACAGGCAGCUCGAUUACCAUGUCAUAUGUGCCUCGAUUUUAUCAUUGGUGAUGGCUGAUGCAUCGGUGUCGGUUAAGGUGUUACAGAAUGCGGUGUCAUCGAAGUUUGGGUUCAAGCCAAGCUACAGGAAGGUUUGGAUGGGCAAGCAGAAGGCAAUUGCGCAGAUAUAUGGAGAUUGGGAGGAGUCUUAUAACCACAUACCACGGUGGAUCAUGGGGGUUCAGUUGUAUAUGCCAGGUACGAUUGCGCUUUUGCGUACUUCGCCAGUGAGGAUAGGUAAUACCGUUGAUGCGUCAACGGUUUUCUUUCAUCGACUAUUUUGGACGUUUCCUCCAUGCAUUGAGGCAUUUAAGUAUUGCAAGCCACUUAUAUCCAUUGAUGGGACCCAUUUGUAUGGGAAGUAUGGCGGCACUCUGCUAAUGGCUAUUGCCCAAGAUGGAAACUCGAACAUUCUUCCAGUGGCUUUCGGGUUAGUUGAAGGCGAAAACACGGAUUCAUGGAAGUUUUUCCUCACUAAUCUCCGCCAGCAUGUCACCCCUCAGCCCGGCAUUUUAGUCAUCUCUGAUCGGCACAAUGCCAUCAAGGCUGCCUUGCUGGCAGAGGACGGUGGAUGGCUCCCACCGUCGGCAUACCGGGCAUUUUGUGUGCGACACAUCGCGUCUAACUUCGCACUGUCAUACAAGUCCAAGGAAGCCCGGAGGAUUCUAGUGAAUGCCGCAUACGCAAAGACUGAGGAGGAUCACCGGUAUUACAUGGAUAUUUUGAGGAAGGAAGAUCCUGUGAUGGUUGCAUGGCACACGCAACCUCCCGGUGGGUUCAUUAGUUAA